GAUAACAUGUCAUCCCGUUGAAGAAAGAGCUAGCACGGAAGCAAACUGUUCAAUGUUCCUAACGAAGUUCGAAGGCGGAAAUGUCUCUUCAAUUCAACACAAAGACAGUUCAGUGUUGCAGCCAAAGUUACAGCUGAAGUAGAUAUUUUUUCGAAAUUGUUAGUCUUACAAAGGAAUGAGCGAUACACAUCAAGGAAGUCGCCCAGCUGGCUAGCGAAAAAGUAGCUAGCUAGGCUGCUAGCCGUCGUUAGCAAGGGAGUUCUUUGUUUUGUUUUUCAGGUGGAGGUCGGUGUGUUGUCAUGACGCCAAACUAGUGUGGAUUCUAACACUAAUAUUUGACGUCUAAGUAGGAGUUUUAUGAUCAUGUCAAGCAUAUCUUUGACAAUAGACAGUUGAACAGUAAAUCCGUAGUUUCUCGGAUAUUAUAAACACAAACUAACAUUAGCCACCGAGAGCAACUUUAGCAACAAAGACCAGAUUUUUUUUUUUUAACGUCGGCUCGGAAAGGACUGGAGACACGAAGAUAUGGGCAACUGUCUCAAGUCUCCGACAUCAGACGACAUUUCUCUGCUUCAUGAAUCCCAGUCAGACAGGGCGAGUUUCGGUGACGGGACAGAUCCAGACCUGGAGCCACCUCCGCCGUACCAGGAGCAGGCUCACAUGCCCAUGUACCAUCCCACGCCUAGUCAGGCCCGUCUGGCCACCCAGCUGACAGAGGAGGAGCAGAUCCGCAUAGCUCAGCGCAUUGGCCUCAUCCAGCACCUCCCUAAGGGUGUUUAUGAUGGAGGACAAGACGGCUCCGAGAAAAAGAUCAGAGAAUGCGUGAUCUGUAUGCUGGACUUUGUUUACGGGGACCCCAUCCGGUUCCUGCCGUGUAUGCACAUCUAUCACAUGGACUGUAUAGACGACUGGCUGAUGAGAUCCUUCAUCUGCCCCUCUUGCAUGGAGCCUGUGGAUGCUGCCCUGCUCUCCACCUACGAGACCAACUGAUUUUUCACCCUUCUCCCCCAUGCUUAGAUCAAACCCGACCCCUCCAGCCCCGAAACCUAACAGUUGCCCUCUUAUAGAGUGAGAGGAGCUGACAAAAGAAAAAAAAAACGUGUUGGCUGUUGUCUUGCACUUUGAAAAUUUCAAACUUCACUCACCUAAUGUUGGCCUUUCAUGCCCCCAGGUCUGAUGCUGAGUAAGCUGGUCUUAAACAUCAGUUACACAAGUCAGUAAGAAGCUGUUUCCCCACGACUUUGCAUGGUUGUGUUUGUAUGUGCUCGUCAUGCUGAGUCAGUGUCCAGCGUUGCCGCUAACGGCGAGCACGUGUGGUUUGUGUGUGUGAGAGCUGUUUGGUGACUGUUCAUUUCCACUCGAGCUGGUCUCAGUGGCGUUUCUCCUCAGCUGACUCCAGUUCACCUUCAUUCCCAGCUGAUGAUGACUUAAAUGGACAAUUAGAUUAACAAAUUAUUGACCAACGCCGAGAGGUGUUGUUGGAUGUGUUUGAUUAAAUUUGUGGUUUCCUGUGACCGCAUUAAGCAAAGCCUUUGGAACAUAUUGAUCUCCUAAACAUGCUCUCACAUUAAAAUGGCCAAACACUUUGAAAAUACGGGAAUACACGGCUGAUGUUUACACUGUUGGUGUAGAAGAAACUGAGCCUCCAGCUAGGCAAGAUUACAAAAAAAAUAUGCACACAUUUUACAGAACUCACCCAAAGUAUAAAAGUAUGCAGUGUUCUACUUUGUGAAGAUCAAAACUACAUGAUAUUUGCCUUUGGCCACUGCUUUAAAAAUGUUCAGGCAUUUGAAAAUAUUUUGCGUUGAAGGGAAAAAAUGAUGUUUGUAACGUGAAUGUUUCCCCAGACGAUGUGUAACGUAGCUGACAGCCAAUGUAAAGGGCUCAUUCGUGCAUGGGCAGGUGGAUCAGUCAGUCAGAAAUUAGACGCUUGCACACACUUUUCAUCUGAUCCAGAGAUUUGCACUUUACUUAUAGGACAGUAUCUAAAACAAUAUAUUAAUAUAUGUACCUUAUAACCUUGCACUAUCAAGACUUCAUUCCUUUAUCUCCUGAGAUGCAAAAGCUAUAUAGCUGGUAAAGAUACUUUCAGAGCUGUCAGUAGUCACUUAUCACAUUGAAGUAAGCCUGAAGUUGCAUUUCAUGAAAUCUGUGGUUUAAUAGUGUGAGAAUUCGCUUUGUUUUGCAAUUUGGAUUGUUCUUUGAUUUUUGAUUCUUGCGUGUAAGUGAAGGGACAGAGGAUUGCUGAAUUUUAAAGGAAUAGUUUGACAUUUUGGGAUAUGUGCUUGGUCUCUUUCUUGUUAAGAGUUGGCUGUAGAAAAAAUUGAAACUAUCAUGUCUGUAUAGCUGACAUGAUUGUUUCAUACAGUUAGCAUGAGGGCUGGUGCUGUGAAAACAGCUGCACUUGCUCUCUCCAAAGCUCACAAACCUUGUGUUUUUUUGGAGUUCUGUGCUCUUUAAAAAGAAAUUGUACCAUCAUCUUUUUUACAUUUACAGACUAACAAAUACCAUGUAACUUGUCCCAUUCAUCAGCUAUACCCACUUUGUUCUGUAGAAGCUCACGGGGGUAAUAUUAAAGGAGAGCUUAGGUAUACUUGGACAAACUGUCAAACUGAUAUAAAUGUUGCUUAAUGAAUUUAAGAAGUGCUGGUUAGCUAGUUUUUGAGCUUUGGACAAAGCCAGGCUUCCAGUCUUGAUACUACAUCAAGUUAAUUGCUUCUCUGGUCCAGAUUUUUAAUUUGCAUUGAGAGAUGACGGUUAUGUCAGCCUUUAUCUCUUGGCAAGAGAGUAACUAAUGUUGAAAUAUUCCUUUAAAAAAUACUGAAAGGCUCUGCUGGCAGUUAAGCUGUUUAAUUAUACAUCUACAAUACUGCAGUUUCGCUUUCUCCACACUUACCUAUACAUGACAUCAUAUUUUUAUGUUUUGUUACACUAAAAUGAGUGUUUUUAUUUUAUUUUCAUUCACCGUAGCAGUAGUUAGAAUCACUGCUUUCCUUUAGAAUCGUGCCAUUGUUUGGUGCUGGUGGUGUUGGUGUCUUUUUUUUCAGUUACUUGUGUUUUACUUUAACGUGUUCUGUUACAAUUAUGUAAAACCCACUGCGUAUUUAGGACAUAAAGUAUAUAAAUAUUACACUGGUUUCAGUCUGACUGCAAACCUCUGUCCCAGCUGAAUUUCAAAGUGUGAGAGACUUCUCUUAUGGUGUGACAGUCAAAAGUGAGAUAUUAUUGUUCUCCACUGAGCUUUCCUUUGCUGUGUUUUUCAAUUUGAGUUUAUUCUGAUCAUUAAUAUUUCCUGUAACCUUGUUUUACUUCUUUCUUUUCAGAAGGCUGAGAAGCCCUCGUGUAAAAAAAAAAAUAAAGGAGAAAAACUAUA